UCGCGCGCGCGCCGGGGAGCGGGGACGGGGGGAGGAGAGGAGGAGAAUGUCUGGCUGGUCCGGUCCGGUCCGGUCGCAUCGCACGGCAAUGGAGGUGGAAGGACGCGAGCCGCCUGCGAGGGGAGGGGAUGCGUCAAGAAUGCUCUCGGCUUUUAGCUCCGGGCGCCCACACCAAUGCCACACUGCUCUGCUCUCCGAGUAACUUAUUGCGAGCAGUGCCCCAGGUGAGCGAGCGAGCGGGCCGGCGAGGGCUCAGCUUUGGAUAAUUCUUGCUCCCUGCUGUCGUUUUGGUUUGAAGCUUUCUGGAGGGAGCACACAGCUCGGUACCAGUGAGAGGAGUGAAAGAAAGAAAAAGGGAGGAGCAGAUCAUGCUUGCUGCGGUGAGCGCCCGCGCCGCUAACCUCUUCUUUUGAGUUCUUGGUGGGAAGCGACAAGUGCGUGCGUGAGCCGCCGCCUGCUGCUUGCGAGGCGGGAGGUUGUGCCGUGCUCCUUCGCUCGGUAUUGUCUCUGUCUGGGUUCUUCGUCGUCAGGUACUCCCCCUCCUUCCAAGCUCCACGCCGCUCGCGCCUUGGGCGACUGCCUUUUCGAUUCGUCUUCCUUGUAGAGCAGUUUCUGCGAGAAAAGAUCACGAGCGUCAUGCGCGAGUUCUUGGAGCUCCGCAACUUCCUCGCUUCUUGCAUCCUUUGCAUCUUGUCUCCUGUUGUUUUUCUCUGAUUUCCAUGGAGGAAAGCUGCUGUGCUGGGUGUGUGAGUGAGGUGGGCGUGGAACAGGGAAAACCUGAGCAUUGAUCGAUUUCUUCACCCGUUUCUCCCAAGUCCAAGGAAUUUUGCUCGUUUCUCCUAGCAAGUCCUGCAUACUUGUUUCAUGGUGGUAGGAGCUAGGAUGACGAGCAGGAACCCUACCAAAACCCUGCCGCUCCUGGCCACCACCCUUGUCCUCCUCCUCCUCGCGUUCCUCGCGCUGUGCGCGCCGGCCUCCUCUCAGCCGCUCCACUCGGAGCCCAUGGCCACGCAGUCCCCGCCGCCGCGGACCAGUAUUCCCCGGGCGCAGGUCGGCGGCGCCGCGCGCCUCCGCCGCAUCGCGCUCGGGGUCCUCUUCGGCUCGCUCUCCGGCUUCCUCCUCGCGCUCGCCUUCCUCUACGCCAUCCGCCUCGCCAUCCUGCACGCCAAGAGCACGCCCGCGAUCGCCAAAGGCCCCGUCUCCUUCGUCCCGCAAAUCUCCGCCAAGAACCUCCUGGCCGCGCUCCCCGCCGCGCAGCCGCUCGCCCAUGGGCCCCAUGGCAAGUACUACAAGCUCGCACUCGACAACGACCUCACCGUCGCCGUCAAACGGCUCGAGGCGGCCAGCCGCCCCGAGGCCUCGCCGUCCAUGUCCCCGAGCGCGUCCAAGUCGGACAUGAGGAGGGUGCAGAGGCAGCUUGAGGUCCUUGCUCGCGUCAGGCACCAGAAUGUGUUGUCGCUCAAGGCGUACGUCCGUGAGCCGGACCGCCUCUCGCUCGUGUACGACUUCGUUCCUGGGGGGAGCCUCGAGGAUGUGAUGAAGAGGGUGAGGUCGCAGCAAGUCAGCCUCAGUUGGGAUGCCAGGAGCAGGAUUGCUGUCGGGAUCGCCAAGGGAUUGAGGCACUUGCAUUUUGAGUGCAAUCCGAGGAUACUCCACUGCAACCUCAAACCAUCCAAUGUGAUGCUAGACGAAGGCUUCGAGCCAAUAUUGACAGAUUGCGGUGUUGCAAGGCUGAUUGCAGCAAGUUCAGGUGAUCCAGAAUUGUGCAGUGGCCUCUACGCUGCUCCAGAAUGCUACCAAAGCAGCAGGUACACAGAUAAGAGUGAUGUAUAUGCCCUUGGCAUGAUCCUGGGCGUGCUGCUCACUGGGAGAGACCCAACAGAUUCUUUCUUCUCGGGAGAAGCUGGGCAGGGCGGCCUCGCCAGAUGGCUCCGGCAUGUGCAGCAAUCCGCGGAUCCAAAAGAAGCACUGGAUAGUAGCAUCCUGGGUGACGAGGGAGAAGAAGAGGAGAUGCUGAUGGCAAUCAGGAUUGCCAUCGUCUGCCUCUCGGAUUCGCCAUCAGAUCGGCCAUCCAGCGACGAGCUCGUCGCAAUGCUAAUGCAGCUCCACAGCUUAUAAUCAUCAUCGCAAGUUUCCUGAGCGCUGCGCAUGUCCUUAAAAUCACGGGCGCGUUGCCGGAUCCUGUUGGAUCAAUGUUUACUGUUGCACAGCACAGGUGAGUGUAGCAGCUAUCACUACCAGUGUCGUGCUUGUGAAUCACAAGCCGAUGGUCGACAGGGGAAGGGAUCCCGACAGUUCAGAGCCGCAUACAAGCAGCGGCUGUUCCCUGUAUGAUUCAGUCAUGUACUCAUGUAGUAGCUACAUGCUGGUGGUUGAGCUUCCUGGGUUGUUUUGCCCAUGGGCUGUGAAUAUAUCUUCUGUAGAAAGCUCUGUGCCAUGGAUCCGUUGGUGUUAGCUGUAACCUGUAGAUGUGUUGUGCUGUGCUCUGUGCCAUGGAUCUGUUGCCAAGUAUUUAACAGGCUGUUGGGGCCAACAGUUCCCAUGGCA